GACACUCGCGCUUAGCACGACACGGGACGAGCUUCUCUGCCGCUGACCGUGUGUUGUUGUCGUUACCGGGGAGGAAGGACGCUUGCCUGCUUGGAGACGCCCGUGCACGGAUGCAUCAUGUCUUCGUUUGUGUGCCGGGUUCAGUUUCUAGAUGACACCGAUCCGUUCAACAGCACCAAUUUCCCGGAACCGACCCGAGCUCCUCUCUACACCUUCAGAGAAGAUAUUCCUCUGAUAAACCAGCUCGCAGGGGUCCACCGACUCCUCAAAGCCCCUCACAAGCUCGAUGACUGCGCUCUGCAGCUCUCUCACACCAGUGUGUAUCUGGAUCUGGAGUCGACACUAGACGAGCAGAGAGAUGAACUCGAGGGAUUUCUGCAGGACGACUGCGCAGGGAGGGGAAAGAAGCACAGUGUGGUUUUACGCACUCAGCUGAGCGUUCGUGUUCACGCAUGUAUCGAACUGACUCAAAUGAUUCUGAUGAUGAGCGCUCGGUCCCUUGUGUUUCUGUCUGCAGCUCUGGGUCAGAUCAUGCUGUAUGUGGAUGGGAUGAACGGGGUCAUAGGUCACACCGAGACCAUCCAGUGGCUCUACCUGCUCACCGGCUCAAAGUUUCGUCUGGUGGUGAAAACCUCUCUGAAGCUGCUGCUGGUGUUCGUUGAGUAUUCAGAGUCAAAUGCACCGCUGCUCAUCCAGGCCAUCGACACCGUGGACACUAAGAGAGGCUGUAAGCAUUGGUCAAACGCUAUGGAGAUUUUAGCAGAGAAGGAUGGUGUGGACACAGAACUACUGGUGUAUGUGAUGACCCUUAUUAACAAGACGCUGGCGGCUCUGCCCGAUCAGGACUCGUUCUAUGAUACAGUGGAUGUUCUGGAGGAGCAGGGAAUAGAGAGCGUGUCGCAGCGUUAUCUGGGUCGGAAGGGAACUGAUCUGGACCUGCUGGAGCAGAUCAACAUCUAUGAGGCCACUCUUCGGCACGAGGACGGUGAUGAGGAUGCUUUGCCUCCAUCCUCCGGCCGGCGGGACAGACGCCACUCCAGCUUGGGCGGAGCAGAGAGGCGGGGCUUGGUGAGACGACGCAGCCGCAGGCAUUCAUUGGGCAGAUCAGGCCACGCCUCCCCACACCGCACAAACUCCCAGCCGUUUAACGGACAGGAACUCGACGAGAGCACAUCAGAUCACAGUAGCAAACACACACCUGAGGAGGGGGAGGAGCAGAGGAAGGCCACAGAGGCCCCGCCCCCUCCUGACUCCGCCCAGCCGUUGCUCCUAGCCAAUCUGCUGGAACACCGCCGCUCAUCCGUCAGCGUGCCACCGUCCAAUGAGAUCAGCCCUCCGCUGCGAGGCUCCGCCCACCUGCCGUACCUGCCACACUCACCCUUCUUCCUGUUCUCCUACGAUCUGGAGAAGCAGGAGGAGAGCACGGCUCAGAAGAGCAGCAGGUCGUUUUCUGCUGUAAGUUCUUCAUCCACACCAAACAAACAACACAGUGACAGGCCUGCUCUGGGCGGCCUGCUGUCGUCCUCGUACCGUCAGCAUCAGGAGUCUCUGGCGGCGGAGAGAGAGAGACGACGUGUGGAGCGAGAGGAGCGACUGCAGCGCAUCGAGAGAGAGGAGCGCAACCGACACAGUCGGGACUAUGUGUCGAACAUGGAGGAGGCCAGACACGCUCGAGAGGAGAGGUUUCGGACGGCCGAGCGCUUGGCGGUGGAGGAGUUCGAGCGAGAGCGAAUGCAUUCAGUGGCUCGAGGUCUCAGCCUCACUCUGAGCCCAACAGACACCUGUCAAUCAUCCUGCAGUGCCACGCCCUCCUCUGUGACAUCACCGGACGAGCAGGACACACCCAUCACGUCGUACCCCCCCUCUGAACCAGACACUACUGAUCUAGAACCAGACGUGGAGGUCAAUCGAGAAACCGAGGAGACGGAUGCAGAAGCCAGAGAAGAACAGGAAGAAGAAGUGGAGGAGAUACGUGCUGAACAGGAAGUGGGCGGAGCCGAGGACCGGUCGGAGGAGGAAGAGGAGGGGUCUGAACAGGAAACGGCGGAUGGAGAAGCAGAGGACAGUGGGAUCUUGAGUGAUAAAGAACGACAGAAUGAAGAAGUGAACGAGAAGGACAACUGCUCCGCCUCCAGUAUAUCGUCAGCCAGCAGCACACUAGAGAGAGAGGAGACGGGUCAGUGGUCAGCUCCAAACGUCAGAGACGUCAGUGUGAAUGAACAACGAAACAAGAUCCUCAACAGCAAACUCUUCAUGCUGGACAUGCUCUACUCACAGAGCAAGAGACCCUCGGAGGAAGACGAGGAUGAAGACGAGCUGGCCGAGGACAAAGAGCGAGACGCGAAAGAAAAGGCUGAGGAUUCAUCGCAGGACGUGACGCCACAGGAAGAGAUCUCCGCUAAGAGUGAAGGAGACAGGAAAGUGGAGAACCAGAGCAAUGUGCGGGCGUUCGCCGAGCGCUUUGGUAACGUAGUGAAGGGUCUCACCUCUCCACCAAUAGAAACACAUGAACCUCCUCCUCCACCGCCGCCUCCGAAGAAGGAGUCGGACUGCAUCUGGGACCAGCUGAUGGCGAGUCCACGGGAACUGCGCAUUGGCGACAUCGACUUCACCGAUCUGGGAGACGAGGAUGACGAGGAUGCACUGGACUCUGGGAGUUUAUAUAACUCUGGCGAUCUGCUGGCUCCGCCCCCUCCACCACCGCCCUGCCCCUUUAACCUCCCAGCCCCGCCCCCUAUGUUUGGCUGCCCUCCGCCCCCUCCCAUGUUCAGUAUCCGCGUCCCUCCGCCCCCUCCUUGCUUCUCCAUCCAGGCUCCGCCCCCUCCACAGCAGAAGGCGGAACAACCUCCACUCUUCCAGAAGAAGAAGAAGACCAUCCGCUUGUUCUGGAGUGAAGUUCGGCCCGCCGACUGGAUCUACCGCAAUCACAAACGCAGCCAAGAGUCGCUCUGGUCCAGACUUGAACCUGUCAAAGUUGACACAGCUAAAUUCGAACACCUGUUUGAAAGCAAAUCCAAAGAGAUGCCCGUAACUAAGAAAGUGGCAGCGGAUGGGAAGCGGCAGGAGAUCAUCAUUCUGGACUCUAAACGCAGCAACUCCAUCAACAUCGGUCUGACGGUCCUUCCACCGCCACGCACCAUCAAAACCGCCAUACUGAGCUUUGACGAGUACGCGCUCAACAAAGAGGGCAUCGAGAAAAUCCUGACGAUGAUUCCCACAGAGGAAGAGACGCAGAAGAUCCAGGAGGCUCAGCUGGCGAAUCCUGACAUUCCGCUGGGCAGCGCGGAGCAGUUCCUGCUGACCCUGUCCUCCAUCAGCGAGCUCUCAGCGCGCCUGCAGCUCUGGGCCUUCAAACUCGACUAUGAAGCCAGCGAGAAGGAAGUAGCAGAGCCUCUACAGGACCUGAAGGAGGGCAUGGAUCAGCUGGAGAAGAACAAAACGCUGCGCUUCAUCUUAUCAACUCUGCUGGCGAUCGGAAACUUCCUGAACGGCUCCACCGCCAAAGGCUUCGAUCUGACGUAUCUGGAGAAGGUUCCUGAGGUGAAGGACACGGUUCAUAAGCAGUCUCUCCUGCAUCACGUCUGCAGUAUCGUGGUGGAGAACUUCCCCGACGGCACAGACCUGUACUCGGAGAUCGGCGCCGUUACACGAUCCGCGAAGGUGGACUUCGAGCAGCUGCAGGAGACUCUGACUCAGAUGGAGUGGCGCUGCAAAGCAUCAUGGGAUCACCUGAAAGUCAUCGCGAAGCACGAGAUGAAGCCGGCGCUGAAGCAGAAGAUGUCAGACUUCCUGAAGGACUGCGCCGAGAGAAUCAUCAUCCUCAAAACUGUCCACCGCAGGAUCAUGAACAGGUUUCACUCGUUCCUGCUGUUCCUGGGUCAGCCGGUGUACAGUGUUCGUGAGAUCAGCGUGACUCGGUUCAGUAAACUGCUCAGUGAGUUUGCUCUGGAGUAUCGCACCACACGAGAGCGUGUCCUCCAGCAGAGACAGAAGCGCGCCGAUCACAGAGAGAGAAACAAGACGAGAGGGAAGAUGAUCACAGACAUCAGCACACCGACAGAUGAUGAAGAGGACAGAGAGACGGGUCGUGUGUGUGUGAGCAGCAGCAGAACCGCUCCAGCUGUCGGGCCGCAGACAGAGACAGAGACGCUGGGUUUGUGUCAAGCUGAGGACGCAGCCGAACACGAGCAGAUGAAGGCCAUGCUGAAGAGCAGCCUGCAGAGAGGAGACAGAGACAGAGACAGCACCGGGAUAACGGGCCUGAGGACACGUACGCGCACACGCGCCAGCAGAGGCCGCAGUGCUUGGGCCGCAGGGACUGAAGAGUCUCAGUGUGUGACGGACAACGCUGCAGACGAGAUCAUGGAGAGAAUCGUACGCUCCGCCACACAGAGUCCCAGAGAACGACGCCGCUCACGCGCAAACCGCAAGUCAUUGAGGAGGACUCUGAAGGGCGGUCUGACUGCAGAAGAAGCUCAAGCGCUGGGUUUGGACGCCUCAGAGAUGCCGGUGUGAACGGGACGUCCCGUCCACUUUCGCCUUCAGCAGAACUCAUCUCAGGACAACAGAAUCGCCAAGAUACCGCAGUAAACAUGUUUUAGAUCAUGACACGGCUGCUGAAGUGCUUCACACAUCACAUAUACAGCAAAGCUCCGCCUCCAUUGUGUGUGUUUGAUUCUAAGCCACGCCCCCUCAUUACAUACACACCUCACCAGCCAAUCACAGGCUGCCACUGUGAUGAUGUAAAACCCCUUUACAGAUUGUGUUCAGGUAAAGGAAAGCUAAGAAUAGAGAAUC